AUGAAAAUCACUACUACUUUAUCUGUUGCUGCUGUGGCUUCAACAGUAUCAUCGUUAGUUAUCCCAGAGAUAUCUUCGUUCUUUAGCAAUAUCAACCAAAUAUUAAUUCCUCAACAGAAGCAAGUUCCUUUAGUUAAUCAAGAUUAUCAAGAAUCUACACAGAAACAACAACAGACAGAUGAUGAAUACAUCCCUGGUCUUCUUUCUAAUCCUUUAAAUACCAUUAUUCCUGAUCAUUAUGUCAUUGUGUUGAAAGAUGGCUUAUCCGAAUCUCAAAUCUCCCAACACAAUAAUUGGAUUCAAACGGAACAUGUUGCUAUGAUGGCGGUUAAUACAAAUCAAAAGGGUAUGACAAAACCAUUGGAAUUUUUCCAAAUAGAUAAUUUUGUUAGAGGUUAUACUGGAUUUUUUACGGAGAAUUUGAUUGCUAGAAUCUUGGAAAAUCCGGAUGUUAACUUUGUUGAAAAGGAUUCCAUUUUCCAUACUGUUGAAUUUGAUAUUCAAAAGGAUGCUACUUGGGGUAUUUCUCGUAUAAGUCAUCGUGAGAAUACCAAUGAUGGUCAAUAUUUAUUUGAUGAUGAUGGUGGUGAAGGUGUCACUGCCUAUGUUAUUGAUACUGGUAUUAAAGUUGAUCAUCCAGAUUUUGAACAACGUGCAGAAUGGGGUGCAUCUAUUGCAUUCCCAAAUAUCAAACAAGAUUAUAAUGGUCAUGGGACUCAUUGUGCUGGUACUAUUGGAUCAAAAACUUAUGGUAUUGCUAAGAAGGUUAAUCUUGUUGCUGUUGGAGUUAUGAAUAUGUUGGGUGCAGGUUCCACUUCAGAUAUUAUCAAAGGUAUUGAAUUUGUGGUUAACCAACAUCAAAAUGAUGUUAAAUCCAAAAAGAAGGGGUUCAAAGGUUCAACAGUUAAUAUGUCUAUUGGUGGUGGUAUUUCUGAAGCUUUAGAUUUGGCUGUUAAUGCUGGUACUAAAGCUGGUUUGCAUAUUUCAGUUGCUGCUGGUAAUGAUAAUGCUGAUGCCUGUCAAUAUUCUCCAGCUAGAGCCAGUGGUCCGAUUACUAUUGGUGCAUCUAAUGUUCGUGAUGAAAAGGCCAGCUUCUCCAAUUGGGGUACUUGUGUUGAUUUGUUUGCUCCUGGUGAAGAUAUCACAUCAACAUUUAUUUGGUCAGAUACCACUGUUAUGUCCGGUACAUCAAUGGCAUCUCCACAUAUUGCAGGUUUAUUGUCCUAUUACUUGUCAUUACAACCAGAUGUUUCUUCUGAAUAUUACACUCAAGCUAUUGAUCCACAAACAUUAAAAAAUAAAUUGAUUAAAUACGGUACUAAAGGGGUUUUAACUGGUUUAGAUUCCACUUCACCAAAUAUUUUAGCAUUUAAUGGCGCUGGUGGAAAUUUGACUGAUUUCUGGAAUUUAUAA